CUCAUUUGCCUAAUCUGACUCUAAAUAAGGGAUACAAGCUUAUCUUUUCCUUAAAUGGAAGAAAAAACAUGUGAGAGAUACCUUGUGGGAGCAGAGAAAUGCCUUAAAAUAAAUAAAGUAGCAGUGCCCAUUAUUAUAGUACUGCGACUUCUGUUCACAAAAGAAGAAACUAAAGCCUAUUGGUCUAUUACUGCUGCAGUAUCUCCUUUGCAGGAGAUCCCCACAAGACUUUCUAAACUAAGCCAUUAAAACUUAAGACCCAUAUUUAUUUUGAAACCCACUUUUUACACUCUCAUCUUCUCUUCAAAAAUCAAAAUGAGCGUACUUGGCCAGAAAAGAAAAUGCAUGGACCAAGAAGAAGAAAACUGUGAUGAUGAUCAAAGGGUGAGCAUAAAAGUUGGUACAGCAAACAAGGAGACUUACUUCAAAAUCAAUAAGAAGUGUAGGUUGUUCAAGCUCUUACAAACAUUUUGCAAUCACCAAAAUGUUGAUUAUAGAGACAUGCAGUUUCUCUUCAAUGGCAAGCGCAUUUCUCCAAAACACACUCCUCACUCACUGAAGAUGAAAGAUGAUGACCAAAUUGAUGCAAUGAUGCAUACUGAUGGCGGUGGCAGUGGUUGUGACCGUGGUGGUAACAAUGCAUUUUGACUCUAUAUAAAUUAAUCUCACUCUAUUUGGAUUUGACUGCAUAUGAAUCUUCACUAUCUCAGAAUUGUUACUCUCCCUUUGACUUCUUAUUAGCUGUAGUUUUUUGGUUUCAUAUGAUAGCCGUCAAAGUGCUAGUAGUAGUGCUCAUGACCAAACUUCAAUGUUUCUACAAUUUAGAUAAUUUACAAUGCAAAAAUAUUUCCUUUAGCAAAUCAACAUGUUUACUUUCUUCUUUUAUGUUAAAAAUAGGGUUGAAUUUCUUAAAAGAAAAAAAAUAAUAAUAAUGAAGAAUUAAGUUUCUGCA